AUGUCACCUGUGAGAUCUGAAGUUUCCUCUUCACGGACUCGUCUUUCAGCGCAGGGAACCGAACCCCCACCCAACAACAUGGCGUCCUACCGAGUAGCAGUCUGUUUACUAUGAAGAGCAGCGGCCGCGGGACGGUUUCCUCCGAAGACUUUUUACUUUCUAAAGGAUUUUCACUCGCCGACGGGACAAAGAGCAGAGCUUCCGCGGAAGGAUAAAUAGCAGCGAGAUGAGGAACACGAUAGUGACGGUGCUGCUGCUGCUGGUUUACCUACCGACAGAGCUGCUGUCCGUCCAGGUGAUCGUUGCACAGACGGAGAGGAGCACGACUCUGUUUGCUUCUGUGAUUCUACGCUGUGACUAUUCGACCUCAGCGAACCUUCAGGAUGUUCUGGUCACCUGGAGAUACAAGUCCUUCUGUAAAGACCCAGUGCUGGAGUACUACUCCACAGGUUAUCAGGCAGCUCUGCAGCUGGGUCAGGACCCGUCCAACGACUGCCCGGACCGCCAGCGCACCGUCCGCACAGUGAUCCAGAAGAGAGGCUCGAAUGAGCCCAUCCUGGGGGCUGACUACAGAGAGAGAAGAAUCACCAUUCAAAACAAGGCGGACUUGGUGAUCAGUGAGGUGAUGUGGUGGGACAACGGUGUGUAUUACUGCAACAUCGAUGCUGCUGGUGACACGUCGGGGGACUCGGAUCGGGAAGUGAAACUCAUCGUUUACCACUGGCUGACGGUCCUGCUCAUCAUCAUCGGCGCUCUCUUGCUCAUCAUGCUGUUCUGCAUCUGUUGCUGUCAGUGCUGUCCACAGAAGUGCUGCUGCUACGUCCGCUGCCCGUGUUGUCCUCAGACAUGUUGCUGCCCUGAGAAAGCUGUGAUGCAGCACAGGAUGAUAAGAGACGCUCAGAAGGCCAUGGCUCCUUGGAUGAACGGUCAACCCAUCUACGCUCCCAUCAGCUCCCAUCCCUCCCAAACGGGCGUCCCCAUUCUGUAUUCAGGGUCAUUCUCGGACUACCCUUCAAAACAAAACUUUCCCAUGGCUCCCAUGCAGCAGAUGCACCCGCAGCACCAGCACGUUCAACCACCUCUACACCAUAUGAAUGGCAGCAUGCACGGCAGCGUUCAAGGACCCAACCAGGUGUUGGACUACCUGGAGAACCAGGUGAGGGGGCUGGAUAUAGUGGAACCUCAAAUGGCUCCGCACACAGUCCAGCACAGGCCUCCACUUCAGCCUUGGCCUCAGCUACACCGCCAGUCGCCUGCUCAAGCAGUUCCGUACACGCCCGGGCCUCCGAGUAUGUUGUCGGCCCUUGAUGAGAUGGGGGUGAGAGGGGUGGAGAGAAGGGUGAUCACUCUGCCUCCUAUAAUCCAGCGUGUACCCAGCUUCAACUCUCAGAGGGGGCCUGCAGGUGGAAGCGGAGCCCGGGGGGCCCCCAGAAUUUAUAUUCCGUCCAGUGGGAGUACAAAUCAUUCUGGAGGAAGUUCCCACCGCGACAGACGUACGUAUAGAGACAGAGAAGUCUCUCCACCCAGGCCAGGAAUCUUACGAGAGUACAGUGAUGACUCCGACUGGGAUAACAGACGAGGAAGAGCCCCCUCUGGGGGUUCAAGGAAUGAGAGAGGAAGCAGGGCCAAGAGGAGAGGAGGCGGAUCCAAACCGAGAACCCGAAGUCGAGAUGAUCUGAUGGAGGAGCUGCACAGCAGAGCUAGUCGACGGGAGAGGAGCUAUUCACCUCCUCAGCGCCGCAAAGCUUCAUGGAGCUCUGACGAUGAGGACAGCAGGGGACUGAGAGGAGGAAAAGGGAAGGGUUGGCCAGAGAAGCCUCCCAGCUACUCCUCCGUUGAGAUCGAACCUGAACACAGCAGCGACCGGAGGAACUAUCACCGCCUUUCUGAUAGAAGCUCCCGUAGUGGCACGAGCGUAGUCAUCUAAAGCAUUUCCGUCUAUUUAGACCCUUUCCUGAAUGUUUCCAGAACGGUGAAAAAUGAAGACAAACAGAAAGAAACCUUCAUCAGUUCAAUGAGUGUGCAUGAAUGUAGUUGGUUGGUUUGUACCCUUAAGUUGUGAAAAUGUGUUGCAUGGAUAAACUUCCACUGUGUAUUUAGUAAAAAUAUGAUUCUUAUGCAUGAAGAAAAAGUUCAUUUGAGGCUUUGAAUUGGAGACUUGCAGUUAUAUUAAGCCUGGUCUCAUGUUAUAAUUACUGUGUGUGAUUCUUGUCUUUGUAUUAAGUGGUUAUGUGUGUGUUUCGCUUCUGGUGGUGGAUAAAUGUUUUCUUUUGUUGUUUAACAAACAGAUUGUUGGACACUGUGACAUUGUGUUUGUUAUUUAGGUUGUCAUGAAUGCUAUGUGAGUUUUUCAGACACAUGAUGUGUCCUUGUUUUUUAUAAUUUCUUAUUUUUACAGAAUAUCGUGUACUAUUUAAUGUGUCGUUUUUAAUCUUUAUCUGUAGUAACAUUAUUAGACUGUAGCAGCAAUGGAAAAUACUGUGUGGACAUUUGAAGUAAGGUGGACACUAUCGAAGCUCUUAGUGUAAUUAUUGGACGAAAACCAAAAUAUAAUUGUGAUUAUUAAUGUUUGUUUUGGUUACAAACAUGAAUAGAGAUGCACUGUCCUAAAUGUGUAUGUUUUUAAUAAACAUUUUUAAAUAUA